AUGGUCGAUUGCUUUGGACAGUCUUCUGCCAAAAACUUGCUUAUAUCAGAUAGUCUAAAUGAUCUUAAUUGUAUUAUUUUUGAUAAAACUGGACCAAUACGUGAAGUUAAAGAGAGAUUAAGUGCAAAUUGGUUUCCAAAUCGCGAAGAAUUUUGUUUGAACGAUGUGCCAUCCACAACAUCUGUUUUACAUUCACGUCCAUUGCUGAAGUCGAAUUGCAUUAAUGAUGCAAGUAAUCGAACAAAUUUUUGCAUAGAUUCAUUUCAACCGUCAUUGUUUGGUUCUUCCAGAAGUGGAAUGACGCGAUGUGUAUCGGAUGCAAAUGGUCUUAAUUUGUAUGGAAAUAAAAAUAAUAAUAAUGAAUUCGGCACAUAUUUAAUAAAUGAUUCAAAUACAAAUAGUAGAAUAGCAUCAUCAUCGAUAUCCGAUGCUCUUUUGUCACCAUUGACAAGAGUACAAUUUCCAUCAACAGUGUUUCGUUCUAAUAAUAUAUUGAGAAAUGUAGGAAUACCAUUAUCGCAGUCACAAUCGACUAUUGGCGGUUCUUUCGAACAAUUGCCAUCGCUUGACCGUUGUAGAGCAUAUUACUCAUCGUUUACACCUCCGUCAUCUACGGAAGAAACAACAACAAUGUCACGCUCAUCAAGUAGACAAACGUUCACCGUUAUUGAUGAUCCAAUGAUGGACACAUCUCUGUUCCCUAGAGAACCGCCGAUAUAUGACGAAGAACAACUGGUGUUGGAUGAGUAUACACCAUAUGGGGAAAUAUCAUCGAUUUUUCAUAACACUAAUCGUCCUAAUGAAGUACCAACGUAUCGUGGCGCUUUGCCAACGAGAAUACAAACAACAUCUGGUGCAUUAUCCCAAAAAGUUUUUCUAGGUGGAAUUCAAUCAGACGUGAUUACUGAAGAAUUAUUAAAACAUUGUACACGUUGUCAACGUAAUUCAGUCGAUUAUUUUCUUGAAAUUCAUACAACAGCAACAACAUCAUUAUUUUUUGAAAAUAAUAAUAGAUCAACUAAACUUAAACCGAUUCAAGUUGUACCAUGGAACAUACGCGACAAUAUUUGCGUUAUUCAACAAUUAGAUAUUAGCGGUGGUGGAAUGAAAGAUUGGUCACGAACAAUAUUCAUUAGUACAUUACAUGGAAAAAUGACAGCAUAUGGUCUAGCUGCAAUUAUGUCUCAAGUGUUUGGCAAAGUAUCAUUAGCACAACUGAACACUGAUAAAUAUGGUUAUCCAACAGGCACUGCUACCGUAUUAUUUAGUGAUUCAUUGGGUUAUAUGCGUGCAGUGGCAGCUGGAUCAAUCGAUAUUAAAUGUGAAUGUUUUCAUAAACUACUUGAGAUUGAACCGUUUCUUCGUGAAAAUGAACCAUGUUAUUAUUGUCCAAAUGCUGCCGAUAAUUUUUGUCGAAAUCUCCGUUGUCUAAGAUCAUAUUGUAAUUCAUGUUGGAUAAAAAAACAUAGCUCUAAACCGUUGGCGUCGUCAAACGAUCAUCCGCCGAUAUCAAGACGACAACAAUCUUUUCCGUUUGCUACAUUAAAUUAG